CCGCCCCGGUUCUCUCCGCUCGUCCUUCCCCCCUGCCCAGCUACACUACCAGGCAGGAGUCCCUGGCAGCGCGGCGCGCAACACAACACAACACAACACAACACACUGACAGCUGCGACUGACUCACAACCGAGGGGGGAAAAGAUGGAGCACAGAGACGCCGACUUCAACAUAAUGUUAGCGACCGACUCAUACAAGGUAACACAUUACAAACAGUACCCCCCCAACACGAGUAAAGUGUACUCCUACUUCGAGUGCCGCGAGAAGAGGACAGAUCCCACCAAAAGCAGAAAAGUCAAAUAUGACAAAACGGUCUUCUACGGCCUACAGUACAUCCUCCACAAAUACCUAAAAGGAAAAGUUGUGACUCCAGAGAAGAUCCAGGAGGCAAAGGAAGUAUACAGAGAACACUUCCAGGAUGACGUUUUUAACGAGAAGGGCUGGACUUACAUAUUGGAGAAAUACAAUGGACACCUGCCCAUUGAAAUCAAGGCCGUGCCAGAGGGGAGUGUCAUUCCUCGAGGCAACGUUUUGUUCACAGUGGAGAGCACAGACCCUGAAUGCUACUGGCUCACCAACUGGGUGGAGACCAUCCUGGUCCAGAUCUGGUAUCCCAUCACUGUGGCGACCAACUCCAGAGAGCAGAAGAAGAUCCUCGCUAAGUACCUCUUAGAGACUUCUGGGAACCUGGAGGGACUAGAGUAUAAACUACAUGACUUUGGUUACAGGGGCGUCUCAUCACAAGAGACUGCAGGCAUCGGGGCCUCUGCCCAUCUGGUCAACUUCAAGGGCACAGACACAGUUGCAGGCAUCGGAGUCAUUAAGAAGUACUACGGCACCAAGGACCCUGUGCCAGGCUUCUCAGUGCCUGCUGCAGAACACAGUACCAUCACAGCGUGGGGCAAGGACCAUGAAAAAGACGCCUUUGAGCACAUCAUCAAGCAGUUUCCCAGCGUGCCCGUAUCCAUAGUCAGCGACAGCUACGACAUCUACAACGCCUGCGAGAAGAUCUGGGGAGAAGACCUACGGGGGCUGAUAGAGAAGCGCAGUGCAGAUGCUCCGCUGGUCGUCCGACCGGACUCAGGAAACCCACUCGAUACGGUUUUGAAGGUUUUGGAGAUCCUGGGUAAGAAGUUUUCUCCAGAGGAGAACUCGAAAGGCUUUAAAGUUCUCCCUCCUUACAUCAGAGUCAUACAAGGAGACGGAGUUGACAUCAACACACUGCAAGAGAUUGUGGAAGGUAUGAAGGAACACAGGUGGUCCAUUGAGAACAUUGCCUUUGGUUCUGGAGGGGCACUGCUGCAGAAACUGACCAGAGAUCUGCUCAACUGUUCUUUCAAAUGCAGCUAUGUGGUCACUAAUGGACUGGGGGUGAAUGUGUUCAAGGACCCAGUGGCAGACCCCAACAAGAGGUCAAAGAAAGGUCGCCUGUCUCUGCACCGGACGCAGAGCGGAGACUUUGUCACCCUGGAGGAGGGCAAGGGCGACCUGGAGGAGUAUGGCGUGGACCUGUUGCACACAGUCUUUCAGAACGGGAAGAUUGUGAAGACAUAUACAUUUGAUGAAGUCAGAGACAAUGCUAAGCUCAAAGAGAGUGAGCUUGAAGAGCUGCUGCACUGAGCACAGCACUACUAAGUCCCCCCCCCCCCCCCCCCCCUAAAAACCCACCUCCCUAAACCCUAAAACAGCCCCUCCUCCCCUUCAACUCUUCACCUUUUGGCCUCCGACGUCGCCCCAGUAAAUGGAGGUAGCGUGCACUACUAAUAGACCCCACUCCCAAAGCCUGAGAGCCCCCUCUGAAACGUUCCUAAAAACCUGAGAUGCCCCUGAAAAUUUGCCAGAACUUCACCAUCAGUUCCCAAAAUGCUGUUGGUUGGUUCUCCACCGGAGGGAGGAGGGGGGAGAGAGAGGUACAGUAAGCGACAGGAAUGGCGUAGAGGGAGGGAAUUUGCGAUUAUGAUGAUAAACCGUGAGUUCACAUCCCCGUGCUGCUGCUGCCCCAAAAAUUGCCCCCCGGUCUGCUGCACUGAUAGGCUGUACAUGUUGCAGAUGUAAAGAUUAAUGAGCGGCUGCUGAUGACGAGGCGUCGUGUCGGCAGACUUUUCCAUAGCCGACACGAGCCGAGCCGAGGAGAUGUAGGAUUGUAGGGUUUUUCGAAUGAGCUCCCGGCAGCUGCAUGAGGAGUGAACACAUGGUGAGUCAAAGUGAGAACGAUCAUGACAGAGUGAGAAAUAUGAAGCCACACCCACACCAAUGACCGUGCCCCGUGUAUCGUGUACAGAACUGUUUAGAAAAAAAUCCAUGUCUGAAUCUACUUAGCUUUGUCUUUUAUGUGAAGGAAGCAAAGGAUGAUCAUGGUAUAUAACGGUGCACCUGUAACACUGACUCAAUCAUGAACAGGUUGAUUAUGGAUGAAGGAGUUCAUUUCUCCCACUUUUUUUUUUUGUUUUUAAUCAGUAGUUAUAAAAGGCCAAUGUCUAUCAAGUGCUACAUGAGUAAUAUGUACUCUUACUCCACAAAAUAAAAUGUUAUUGGUGCAUCUCUAUAAAUGAUCAUCUGUUGCCACAGCAUGUUCACAUCAUGAAGGCUCAAUCCACAAUCUGAUUACGCCACAAAAAGAAGUUGUGUUUUUAAUGUUUUCUUGAAUUUCAGGUAAGUUUGUUUACAUGUGUGUAAUCACCCAGUUAAAUUGCUCCAGCAUUUUUGAAAGUUAAUAGACAGCUUCAGUGUUGUUAGUGUCCUGCAGAAUCCCCCAAAACUUCACAAAACCAAGCAGAUGAGAUUCGAUUUUUUCCGAUUGAAGAGUGGAACGUUUCGGAUUGGGCCUUAAUGAUGGUGAACGCCCAUAAAGCCAGUCUUUGCUGUCUAAGACCAAGAGCUGAUGUUAAAAAAAAAAAGAAAUACAUUGCAGAACUUGUCUUCACUGGAAUGAAGAGGAUUUAACUUUGUGCUUAUGAAAGGUUACAUAUGUGGCUCCUGGGAUGUAAUGUGUAUUAAAUGUUGGUUCUGAUGUGUGUGUGUGUGUGUGUGUGUGUGUGCGAUUGGAUCCGUAUGUGUGUGCGUGUGUGCGCAUACUUUCUUCCUUUAAAGGAUUAUGUCGUAUUCCUUUAUGCAAAUUAACUUGUUGAAUCGGGGGAAUAGAGAAAACGUUUCCUUUUACUUUGCUGGCCUUUUAUUCUGAAAGGAAACGCAGUGUUGUGACAAACAGGCAAUGAUACACUAGUGAGUGUGUUUUUUUGUUUUUCGUUUUCUUCUUCCUUUGGGCAGUGUAAACAUAACCAGAGGCAGAAAAGCGAGGCUCUGGAAUAUUUUCUGACAGCAGCAUGUACCAGCUGUGCUCUGGCACAAAAAGAUAAUAUCACUGCCUUAACUCAUGAAAAGCAGAACCAGAAGAAACAGAUGUUACUGGAAAAGUGCAGAUGUGCACAGUGAUGGCACUUUGCACUCCUGUUUGGAUUCAGGCCCUGCUCGCUAACGCCUUUCAGAGUUCACUAUCUUCCCAUUCGAGCGUCACUCCUGUUCGCAGGUGUGUUCAGUCACAUUGCUGAGUUGACCUUUUUCAGAGUGAAGGGAUUUUUCUGUUGCAGAGCUUGGAAGGAGUAAAGCAGAGGAAGGAGUUGGUGACAUCACAAGAAACAUUUCUUUAGGCCAAAGGCAAAAUAUUAUGAUGGAAAUGUUCGAGCCGAGCAGCAGGGGUCAAGUUUUGGCUAAAUAAAAAGACAACCAGUAACGCAACACCUUUGGCUUUAGGGAUGGUAAUGGUCGGUCCACGACUUUGGUCCAGGCUGGAAUAUAUCAACAGCUAUAUUCAUGUUUCACAGAGGAUGAACCAUACUGAUUCUUCAUCGACCUCCUCCAGGAGGUUUUAGCUUUGAGUGACACUUGACUUUGCAUCUAGCGCCAUCAUCAGGUCAAAAUUUGAACUUGUCUAAGACUCUGGUUUAUGACCAAAUACUUAAAAUACUAAUGACAUUCCCAUCUGCCUCGGCCAUACUCUUGUUUAGUGCUAAUUAGCAAAUAUUAGCAUGCUAACACACCACAAUAAGAGGUUAUACCUGCUAAAUAUCAGCAUGUUAGCAUGCUGGCAUUAGCAUUUAGGUCAAAGGACACCUGCACAGUGCAGCUACUAUAGUCAUAUACUGUUACUUCUUUAAUACUCCAAGUAAAGUUUAUUGUGUGUGUGCACGCUCUUCUCAAACAUUCUGCUGCUUCACAUUCAUAGCCUCACACAUUCUCACCUGGGAGCAGCCCACUGCUAUCACAGACCGCUACGUGUUUGCCACUGAGCAGCUUCACUGCAGCUAUUAGAGCCUCACUGACCUCAUUCACUCUCCCCAUGGACGCUAACCCCUGCUAGCUUUCUGUGAUUUUCAGUUUAGACCUUGAAGAAACCUGUGAUGCCACCGACUCCCACCUCUCGCCGCCGGCUCCAAACAGCCUGCUCAAACUCAAACUCAAACAAGCUGGUAAAACCCCACGGCUGCUGAAACAUGUCACAGCGUUUUCUCUUUCUUUUCCUUCUGUUCUUGCAACCGUCACUACUGUUACCUGUCACCUGUAUCAUGUGUUAUCCCAUUGUUCUGGAGUAAUGACACAGUUCUCCCUUUUCUUUUCCAAUUAUGGGGUGCAUUUUAGUAAAAUUUUGAUUUUACUAUUUUGAUACUGUCUCGGUUCUUACCUCAGAGAAAUAUUAUUUUGUAUGACAAAGGAGAAAAAAAUGCCAGGAAUAUUGCAGUAAAUAUCCUUAUCUACUAACGAUGCGGCCAUACUGCCUUCUCACUUGUACAUACAACAGCUAGUUUGACUUAAAAGCAGAGAGGGCAGGUUAGGGGAGACGACCACACCAGAUUAUAUUAUUAUUAUUAUUAUUAUUAUUAUUUUUGUCAGAACGACCAUUUUUGUACCAACAGAAGAAAAUCCAAAACUGCUUGAUUGAACUGGCAGUGUGACUGUUUUUUUUUCUUUUUGUGACUGUCAAGCUUUUAGCUUCUGUUUGUCUGUGUGUGUGUGUGUGUGUGUGUGUGUGUGUGUGUGUGUAGUCCUGUGUGAAUGCCUUGUUGCAAUGGAUGAACACGUGUUUGUGAAUACUUUUUUUUUUCUUUGUUGUUGUUGUUUUACUUGUAUGUAUAUGGUGGUUGUCCCAAAAUUCUCUCCCAACACAACUGAUAUUUUAACUAACAUAACUUCCUAUAUUGUCAACAAUACACUGAUUAAAGAUGCCACCCUGUCAGUUUGAAACGGUUGAUUUAUUAUUCCAACUUUUGUAUAGGAUUGACUCAAAAUACUAUGUUACUUGUCCAGUAUUUCCCUUUUCAGUUAUACAGAGUAAACUUCCAAUGCUGGGUUUUCUAAAAGCCCAGUUUUGCCAGUUUUUCUUGGAGCUUGGGUUGUGAAGAAAAAUGGCAAAAUAAAACACAAUUACUCUUUA